AUGGUAGAUAAGAAUAGUUUGCUUUUGAAUGAAAAAAUUCGAUUUGAUAAAUAUAAUGAAAAUGUUGAAGAAGAAUAUAAAAGAAAAUAUAAUAUAGAAAACAAAAUAGAUGAAUAUUUUGAUGAUAAUAAUAGUAGUAGUAAUUCUUCUGUAUCUUCAUCUUCUAGUACAUUAAGUUAUAAAAAAAGAAAAGAAAAGUUAUUUUUAUAUAAAUAUAUAUCUCCAUUUAUGGAUUUAGGAAAGCGCUUUUAUUCAUCAUUAACAUUAAUAUAUGAACCGAAAUUAUAUCACCUGUCCAUAUUUCUAACAACUUUAUGGGCAUAUAAAAAUAUCAAAUGUAUAAAUAAAUUGUUAAUUCAUAAAUACAAUGAUAUACAUUAUCAAAUUACAAGACCAGAUUCUUUAAAUGGUCGACGAAAGGCAUUCAGAAUGUUAGCACUUGGUGGUUCAAUAAUCCCAUUCUUCUUUAUUGCUCUUUUUAUUUACGAUAUGAAGAAAGAACAACCAAAUUAUAUAUUAGUGAAUAGGUCAGACAUUCCAUCAGAGAAUCGUACUAAUCAUAUAAUUCCUUAUACAUUAAAGAGAGAUAUAUCUCAUAAGAUAUUACUAUUAAAGGAAAAAAUUCUCUUUUUUGCAAAAGAUUUAGCUGAAAAUAAUAAUUUUAAAACGUUAUCGAGGGAAUACCGUAAAAAUAUGGAUAAACGAUUAUAUAAACAUUAUAUUAAAAAGGAAGAUAUUAAUUAA